AUGAGCGGUAAAUUACAUCAAUUUGAUUACAUCUUUGCAAUCUCUAUGAUCUUUGCAUUCUUAGAUGCUUGGAACAUUGGUGCAAAUGAUGUUGCUAAUUCUUUUGCUUCUUCAGUUUCUUCAAGAUCUCUUAAAUAUUGGCAAGCUAUGAUUUUAGCUGCUUUAAUGGAAUUUUUAGGUGCUGUUUUAGCUGGUUCAAGAGUUUCUGAUACUAUUAGAUCAAAAAUUAUUGAUAUUACUGUUUUUGAAGAUAAUCCUGCUGUUUUAUUAUUAACUAUGGCUUGUGCCCUUGUUGGUUCUUCACUUUGGUUAACUUUAGCUACUUCAUUUGGUUUACCAGUUUCUACUACUCAUUCUAUUGUUGGUGGUGUUAUUGGUUCAGGUAUUGCAGCUGUUGGUGCUAAAAAUAUUCAUUGGGGUUGGAAUGGAUUUUCACAAAUUGUUGCCUCAUGGUUUAUUGCACCAGCUAUUGCAGGUUGUUUUGCUGCAAUUUUCUUUUUAAUUUCAAAAUAUACCGUGUUGGAAAGAAAACAUUCAUUAAGAAAUGGAUUAAUUUUAAUGCCUGUUUUAAUCUUUGCUACAUUUGCCAUCUUGACCAUGUUGAUUGUUUGGAAAGGUGCACCAAAUUUAAAAUUAGAUAAAUUAUCAACUGGUGCUAUUCUUGGUUCAAUCUUUGGUGUUGGUGCAGUUGCUGCAAUUAUUUAUUUCAUCUUUUUAUUACCAUAUUUCAAACGUCGUUUGAUUCAUGAAGAUUGGAGAUUAAAAUGGUAUCAUGUUAUUUUGGGCCCAACUUUUUAUUUUAAAUCAAAUGAUGAUAUCCCACCAAUUCCAAAAGGUCAUUUAUUAGUUCCAGAUUAUUAUGCAGGUAAAUAUCAUACUGAUGAUGAACCAAUCUUACAAGAUUCAGAAACCAUUGAAAAAGAUCAAACUAAUGUUCAAGUUGAUCAAACUUCAAGUGAUAAAGGUGCUUCAAAUUAUGAAAGAGAUUUACAAAAUUUGGAAUCUAAAUAUCAAGAUAUUGAACAACAACAACCAACUACUCAACAACCUUCUACUCCAUUAGCUCCAAAACAAACUACAAAACAAUUAUGGUUCUCGUUAGCUAAACAACCAAAACAAUGGCCAAGAUUAAUUUGGUUAGUUAUUUCUCAUGGUUGGACUCAAGAUGUUAUUUCAAAUCAAAUGCAAAAAGGUGGAUUAUCUGGUGAUUUAAAAGAUAUGCAUUCAAGAUCUAAAUAUUAUGAUAAUAAAAUUGAAUAUUUAUUCUCCUUGUUACAAGCCAUUACUGCGUGUACAAUGUCUUUUGCACAUGGUUCAAAUGAUAUUGCAAAUGCUGCAGGUCCAUUAGCUACAGUUUAUAACAUUUAUACAACAAAUAAAGUUGAUAAGAAAGCUGAUGUUCCAAUUUGGGUCUUAUGUUAUACAGCAGCUGCUUUAGUUCUAGGGGUUUGGACAUUUGGUUAUAAUAUUAUGAGAAAUUUAGGUAAUAGAUUAAUUUUACAAUCUCCUUCAAGAGGGUUUUCAAUUGAAUUAGGUGCAGCUGUUACAACAGUUAUGGCUACACAAUUAGGUAUUCCAGUUUCUACAACUCAAGAAGCUGUUGGUGCUACAGUGUUUGUUGGGUUAUGUAACAAAGAUGUUAAAUCUGUUAAUUGGAGAAUUGUUGCUUAUUGUUAUUUUGGUUGGAUAUUCACAUUACCUUGUGCUGGAUUAAUUGCUGGUAUUUUAAAUGGUAUUAUUCUUAAUGCUCCAAGUAGAGAAUUAACUUAUCAAUUACAAUAG